CUUCGGGAUAGAUCGAGUGAAACGAUACAGAACAGUCAGUGAGACGGACUGGACGUGAAAUGUGUAAAUGUGUGAAGAAAGUGCACCGAGCAAGUCAAAUUUCCCCUAUAUGGUCUUCUCUUAACACGGAUUCGGUGUUUGUAAAAAGGGGAAAAUAAGAAGCUCUCUCUCUCUCUCUCCCCCACCCCCAAGUGUGCGUCGAGGAGCUUGGCAGGUGUUCGCUCGCGAGGGAGCUGCUGGCUUCACUCAGUCUGCGCCCUGAGCUUCAACAGGGUGCCGGCGGGGCAAACUUUGACGAUCACAACACCGACUGGAGUUGACGGAACCCCGGAAUUUCACGACUGGCAUACGGUCAACGGACGACCGUGAAGGACUGGCUCGUCCCGGGUAAGACGGCGGCGGUGGUGGCGAAAAGGGCACCCGUGACGCAGCGGAAAGAGCGUGGAUACCCGACGGACGAAUCCGCUUUAAAACAACUUUUUUUUCCGAACAAACUCUUCACUUGGUCACAAAAGCCUCAAACCUACCGACUUUGAACUAAAAAGAACAGCGCAAGGUAUUUCAUCGUUCUCGAACCUGUUGUGCCAUCGGGGCUGCCCGCCGCUUUUAUCCGAGGAAGGCGACCCCUUUGCGGGGAGAGUAAACCGUCUCGCUACCACGAGCUACUCUCUCACUUGGAAUGUAGUACUAGUUGGGGAGUACUAACCACCCGGUUUAGAGCGCGUGCUGCACGUAUCUCGACACUUGGACUGUUUGAACUCAUCGAAUCAAUUACGGAAUUGAUCCCUGGAGAGAGGCUUAAUUUGGGCGGAAUUUCCGUCCUUUUUUUAAUCACCGCUGGUUUUCACAGGAGAUCCUGGACAAAGUGGGAUUGGAAGUCAAUAGCGGAGAGCAAGCCGAUAAGACAAAAAAAAAACAACAACACUAUACAGUCAAAUGUGUUAAUUUAGAUCGCAGAUCAGUGGAAGUGAGGUGCACCGGCCGGCUUGGCGAUGGAACACGCGGACUCCGCCGCUGCACGUCCACAUCGCCGGGUGCUCUAACCGUGAAGUCUCGCUGACCAGGAGGCUCCGCUCCUCGCCCCUCCACAGCUGACUUUUGAACACCGAGGUCGACUCAAGCCACCAGCCGUGAGCCGUAUCAGAACUUUCGGAUCUGGGAAUUGGGACUUACUUUUACCGGGAGUGGACACUGUUUCCCCGAGGCUCCCAUGUUGGGAUUUUGCCGGAUCGGAGGCUCCCCGGAAGUCGCGGAAGGAUUCUCCCCAGGGAGUGUCGGGAUGAUACUGAGAAGCCGUCCGGCGUCUGUCUUGCUCCUGCUGCUGCUUCUUGGCUGGAGCUGCCACAUGUUGCACGGACAAGAGGUGGCCCCCUACAUGCGAGGAGUCAGCCGGGCAAAACAAGUGGCGCUGGAGGGAAACAGGCUGGUGCUGACCUGCUUGGCUGGAGGCAGUUGGCCACUCCAGUACCGCUGGUCACUCAACAGCAGCAACAUCACCGACUGGACGCCGCAAUACAGGUUGUUCGUGCCGUCGCUGCAGAGGACAGACGCCGGCCUGUAUCAAUGCACAGUGAGGAACAGGAUGGGCGCCAUCAUACAUGACAGAACAGAGGUGCAAGUGGCCUUUAUGGGGAGGUUCUCAGGCGAAGAGCAGAGAACGACGGCAAGCCAAGGCCAGGCUGCAGUCCUGAGCCCGCCUCCCUUGGCGUCCUUCCCUCAAGCCUUGGUCACUUGGUACAAAGACGGACACAAGAUUAUUCCCAACGCCCGAAUCGCCAUCGCCUUGGAGAAUCAGCUGGUCGUCCUGGCAACUACCACGGCGGAUGCGGGACGUUAUCACGUGGAGGCCAUCAACGAGAUGACGGGCGAUAACGUGACCAGUCCCGCUGUCUAUUUGAGCAUCUCAGAUUUGGAGUCAGAAGUCGAUGCUCCAGACAUUGUGAUCGGACCGAAAGACACAACAGUGGUGGCAGGGACCAAAGCCAUCCUGGAGUGCAUCGCUAAUGCCAGAGAUGUGGACAGCCUGCUGAUAGUGUGGAAACGUGAUGGGCAUCACUUGGCCACUGGGCGUCGGCUGCUGAUUCCCGCCCCAGCCUCCUCGGAUGGUGGGGAGUAUGUUUGUGAAGCGUUGCUAGGCAACAACACCUCCAAAGCUGCUGAGGCCAGGGCGCGCCUAACUGUGAUUGAGCCGCCUUCUUUGACCGCUCAACCCCAGUGGAAGAUCUACGCUCAAAUUGACAAAAAUGUGGAAAUUCCCUGCUUGGCCACAGGUGUGCCUCCGCCCAGGAUAGAGUGGUACAAGGACGCCGUGCCUCUGUCCAAGCUGGCCAACCCUCGCUACAAGAUCAGCAGCGCGACGGGCCUGACGGUGCGGCGGGUGCAACCGGGGGACGGCGGGAUAUUCCAGUGCUUCGCCCGCAAUGUCGCCGGAGAGACGCAGGCCCACACGCAGCUUCUCGUCUCCAAUGUGCCUCCCAACUUCGCCGUGCGUCCAUCUGACAAAACCGUAACCGAAGGGAACACAGCCUUGUUUAUAUGCCAGACAAGUGGCGCCCCAAAGCCUGCCGUCACUUGGAGGAAAGGCUUGCAGGUGUUAGCAAGCGGUUCCGUGCAGGUACCUCGGUUCAAACUCUUGCAAUCAGGCAGCCUGCAGGUUCAGCCCGUCACGUUCCAGGAUUCGGGAGAAUACACCUGCAUCGCUUCCAACUCGGAGAGGAGCAUCAACGCCACGGCCAAGCUCACUGUCUGGAGUCGUACCGUCAUCUCUGUGCCCCCGUCUGACCUGCGUGUCAUCAAAGGCACCACAGCUUUUUUGGCCUGCAAUGCUACACAUGACCCCAGAGUCAAUGUCAGCUUCAAGUGGGAGCGAGGCAAUGCGCCCAUCCUGACCAGCAGCGGGGGGCGCGUCUCUGUACGCCAAGGCUCCCUCACCAUUGGCCAGACUUGGUCAGGUGACAUCGGCGAUUACACUUGCACUGUGAUCUCGCAGGCCGGCAACGAUUCCCACUCUGCACGCCUGGAAGUCAUCGAGUUGCCACACUCUCCUCGCUCCUUGGCGGCGCGUCUCAAUGAUUCAGACUCACGCUCGGUCCUGCUCUCCUGGCUGCGUCCGUUCGAUGGCAACUCUCCGCUUCUCUACUAUCUGUUGGAGCUCUCGGAGAACAACUCCCCAUGGAAGGUCUACCUGUCUGAGGUGGACCCCACCGUGACCAACAUAUCGGUGGGCGGACUCACACCUGCAAGGACCUAUCAGUUCCGGCUUUGCGCUGUCAACCAUGUGGGCCGGGGACAGUACAGCGCCGAGACGCAACGAUUGAUGCUGAGAGAGGAGGCGCCGAGUGCACCCCCCAAGAACAUCGUGGCCAGCGGGCGAACCAACCAGUCCAUUAUGGUCCAGUGGCAGCCUCCUCCAGAACUGCAGCUCAAUGGAGUCCUCCGAGGAUAUAUGCUUAGGUACCGUCUCGCGGGGCUUCCAGGCGAUUACCAGGAGAAGAACAUCAGCAGUCCGGAGACCAACUACUGCUUGCUGAAGGAACUGAUCAUCUGGACACAGUACCAGAUCCAAGUGGCCGCCUACACCGGCGCCGGCCUGGGCGUCUACAGCAGUCCUGUUACCGAAUAUACGCUGCAAGGAGUUCCCACAGCUCCUCCACAGGAAGUGGAAGUCGUCGCGAUCAACUCCACCACGCUCCGCUUCACAUGGAAUCCGCCGCCUCAGCAGUUCAUCAACGGCAUCAACCAGGGAUACAAGCUGCUGGUCUGGCCGGAACGGGCUCCGGAGGAUGUCAUCGUUGUAACCAUCACCCCGGACUACCCCAGCUCGCGCCAUACGGGCCUGGUUAGUGGACUGAGGAAAUUCACCUGGUACUUCGGUUCUAUCCUGUGCUUCACAACACCUGGAGACGGACCACGCAGCCCUCCUACCAUGCUCCAAACACACGAGGACACCCCUGGACCUGUCCGUCAUUUGAGUUUCACCAAAAUUUUGGACACAUCCGUGCAAGUCAGCUGGGCAGAGCCUGAAGAAAAGAAUGGCAUUAUUACCGGCUACAUGCUGUGGUGGGAGGUGUCCGGCGUGCAGUCCAGGCGUGAGGAGCGAGCGCUGUCCAACUCCACGCUGCAGUACCAGCUCACGGGCCUCACCUCCACCACCACAUACAGGCUGAAGGUGGCCGCGCUGACCGCUGCCGGACGGGGCGUGGUCACGUCGUCCAACAUCUCCACGGGCGUCCCUCCAGAACUUCCCGGUGCACCCUCCAACUUGGUCAUCUCCAACAUCAGCCCUCGGACCGUGACCCUGCGCUUCCGGCCCGGUCCUGAUGGGAAGACGGCCAUCUCGCGAUGGCUCGUCGAAGGCCAGGUGGUGAAGGAGGACGGCGCGGAAGACGCCUGGAGGCUUGUUUACCAGCUGGACAACCAGGCCGGCGCUGACAGUCUGGAGAUCCCCAACCUCACCCCUUUCACUCAGUAUAGGUUUAGGAUGCAGCAGGUGAACAUUGUGGGCUCCAGUCCCCCUAGCAGCCCUUCCAGGCUGAUCCAAACCUUACAGGCGGCCCCUGACACGCACCCGUCCAACCUCACCGUGUUGUCUCCAACGCAGACCGGCCUUUGCUUCAGGUGGAAGCCUCUCCCCGAAUCGGAGUACAACGGCAGCCCGGAGACGGUGGGCUACCGGCUGCGCGUGCGCAGGACGGACGGACUGGCCGAGGAUCGGACUGUGGAGGUUGAGGGAGUCGCAGGCGAGGUCACCGUAGAGGGCCUGGACCCUUGGACACACUACCGCACCCGGAUACAGGCCUACAACUCCAUUGGACCUGGCCCGUGGAGUGAUGCUGUCUCUGCUCGCACGGCUGAAUCUGUCCCAUCGGGAUCUCCUGUCAAUGUGACUGCUGAUGCUGUGAGUUCCUCCAAAAUCCUGCUCACAUGGUCUCCUGUCCCUCUGGCGAGGCGGAAUGGGGCCAUCCUCGGUUACAAGGUGUUGUACUCUGAGAAAGAGUCCGAACGUCCCCCCAGCGUUCUUUUGGCAGAAGGGGAGAGGAAUGCGUCGCUGCUUGUCGGCGCGCUGCGGAAGUACACGAUAUACGCGCUGCAAGUGCUGGCCUACACAAGAAUGGGUGACGGACCCCCCAGCAGCCCCAUGCUACUAAGAACCAAAGAAGACGUCCCAGGACCCCCUGUCAGGGUGGUGUUCCCAGAGGUCCGCCUGUCAUCAGCCAGGGUGGUGUGGGAGCCUCCCGCAAACCCCAACGGCAUCAUAUUAGGCUACCAGAUCGCCUACCGACUGGAGCGCAGGGACAGCCAGCAGUGGACCACGGUGGAGGUGGGGUCCAACGGACGCCAGUUCACCGUCACCGGGCUCACCCCAGAGCAGACCUACGUGUUCCGGCUCGUGGCUCGCACUGCCGUGGGCUGGGGCCAGGAACACGUCGCCUUGGUGGUCACCACAGAGCGAAGAGAGCGUCCCCAGCCGCCCAGGAAGUUGUCAGUUCCUCAAGAUGGCGUGGAAGCGCGUCGGCUCCGCCUUCACUGGGUGACUGGUAGCUCAGGCUCCUCCCCAGUGAGGUACUUGACCGUGCAAAUCAAAGAGCUGCCGGAUGGCGACUGGAUCACCAAUACGGCGGACAUCCCGCACAACCUGACUGCAUGGACCAUUGAGAGAUUGAAGCCCUUCACCUCGUACAGGCUGCGAAUGGUGGCCACCAACGACAUUGGAAGCAGCGUCCUCAGUAAAGAGACGGAUGCGGUCACGACCUUACAAGAUGUUCCUGAUGAGUCUCCUGAAAUCCUCUCAGUCAAACCAUCGACGACGACCUCCGUCCUCGUUCGGUGGAAGGGGCCAAGCGCCGAACGCAUCAACGGGUUGCUGACGGGCUACCGGCUGUAUUACCGAGAGCUGCCGUUCAACUCGUCUUUCUCUGCUGAUGGGGUCCAGGGAAGCAAAAGCGCCACAGACAGCCACAUUACAACCAAGAGCCCCUUCAAGACAGUCAGCAGCUCCUCAGUGGCAGAGUUCGAGUUGACGCAAUUGAAGAAGUUUAAGCGCUACCAAAUCGCCAUGACCAGCUACAACAUCGUGGGCGAGAGUCCUCCCUCUGAACCCGUCGAGGUGUCCGUCGGAGAGGCAGCUCCAUCGGUGGCCCCCCAGUCCAUCCGAGUGUCGGCCGUGUCUCCCUCCAGUCUGGAAGUGAGCUGGGACACGCCCCCCCUGGAGACCCAGAAUGGACUCAUCCAAGGAUACAAGGUGCACUACUGGCAGAAGAACAAACAGAACCAGACGGAGAAGGUGAAGGUGAUUUUUGUACCGGAUACCCGCAUGCACCUGAGCAACCUGAGCAGUUACACGCCUUACCUGGUCACUCUCACCGCCUUCAACACGGCCGGGGACGGACCGCCCAGCGACCCUCGCGGUGCACAGACCCUGCAGUCGGCCCCGAGUCAGCCCAGCUACCUCUCCUUCUCCGAGGUGACGGGAGGAAGCGUCAAUGUCUCCUGGGGGGCUCCUUUAGCUCCCAAUGGCCUGCUGGAGGGCUACCGGGUCAUCUACCAGCCCACUGCUCCGGUGCAAGGCGUCAGCAAAGUGGUGACGGUGGACGUGAAGGGCAGCUGGCAGCGAUGGCUGAAGGUUCGGGAUCUGCUGAAAGGAGCCACGUACUUGUUCAGAGUCCAAGCUCUCACCGUCAGCUACGGACCCCCAAUUAGUGCAAACCUUACUGCAGAGCCGGUCCAAGGCGCACCGGGGUCGCCCACGGAGAUCUCUAUCACCAAAGCAUCCUCCGCCCUCACCAUUCACUGGGCAGAGGGCGACAGCGGGGCGGCGCCCAUCAGCGGCUACGUGAUCGAGUCUCGUCCCUCAGACGAGGGCGUGUGGGACUCGUUCAUCCGACUGCUGUCUCCCAGCACGAGGUCCGUGUCGGUGCCGCUGGAGCGCCUGCGACCCGGGAUCAGCUACGAGUUCCGAGUCAUCGCCGUCAACCGCUUUGGCUUCGGACACCCCAGCACGCCCUCUGCAGCACUCGCUGCCUUGUCCGAGCGUCCGUUCUACGAGGAGUGGUGGUUUCUGCUGGUCAUGGCGCUGGUGGGCCUCAUCCUCAUUCUCAUUCUCGUCUUCACCCUGCUGCUGCAUGGACACAGCAGCAAGUACAAGGCCUGUGGCACAGGCAAACACAUGUCUUCGGUGGAGGAGUCGGUCACUCUGGACAACGGAGGCUUCACCACACUGGAGCUCAACAGCAGAGCGCUCACCAACACCAAAAACACUUUCCUGAAAAAGAACGGGACCAGGUCACCUCCCAGACCGAGUCCGGGCGGUCUUCACUACUCGGACGAGGACAUCUGCAACAACUACAACGGAGCGGUCCUGACGGAGAGCACCACGCUCACUGAAAAACCCACCGAAGUCUCUGAGUCAGAGAUGACAGACAGCGACUACGAGGACGAGCAGCCCAAGCACUCCUUCGUCAACCACUACAUGAGCGACCCCACCUACUACAACUCGUGGAAGCGGCAACCCAAAGGCCUCAAACCGCUCGGCUCGCCCUUCAGCUACGAGGAGUGCGCCGCCGCCGCCGACUCGGAGCCGUACUACCAAACCGUGGUCACCCAACACAAUGCGGGCGGCGUCUACACCCCCACGGGACAGCCGGCGCUCGCCCACGCCAACCCAAACACCAACCCGCCCGGCUCGCGCACGCCCGUGACGGGAUUCUCCUCUUUUGUGUGAGCGAACGUGUGCGCGGCGUGACGCUCUUUGGAUGGGGAACUCACUUUUUGGACAAAA